GUGUACAAAAACGAGUGCUCCGCAGCUCAAGACCCAACCCUCACAGUAUCAGCGCAUAACGGAGCGAAAGAACACAGAGGACAACAACGCGUAAUCUCUCAAUUUAACGACGAAUAACCGCGUUUAGCCGUUUUUCCUCAGUGGGACAUUAUUCAGGGCCAUGAUGAAGCGAUGGGUCGAGGCAGCUUUGCUGUCUUCUCUCAUCAUAUGUCUGCUAAACACCGACUCCACAUGGGCCAAGAGAGGGGGCGGGAGCAGCAGCAGUAGCCGGAGAUCUUCCAGCUCUUCUUCGAGUAACCGGGGCUCGCAAUCCAAACCGUCCAGCUCGAAUCCAGGAGGCUCCUCUAACCGAAACACCAAUCCAUACCCAUCUGGUGGGAAUUACCCAGGAGCAGGAAAUAGAAAACCAUCAACUUAUCCGGGAGGCGGUAGUUACCCCAACCAGAAUCCCGGUCGACCCAACGCCGGUGGUUAUCCAGCUGGUGGUAGUUUUCCAGCUGGUGGUAGUUAUCCAAAUCAAAACCCUGCCGGUCGUAAGCCAGCCGCUGGUGGAUACCCCAACCAGAACCCGGCAGGCCGUAAUCCAGCUGCUGGUGGAUACCCUAACCAGAACCCUGCUGGCGGUUAUCCGAACCAGAACCCCGCAGGCCGUAAUCCAGCUGCCGGUGGAUACCCGAACCAGAACCCUGCUGGCGGCUAUCCAAACCAGAACCCCGCAGGCCGUAAUCCAGCUGCUGGUGGAUACCCCAACCAGUACCCCGCAGGAGGUGGAUACCCCAACCAAAACCCUGGAAGGGGCAAUUACCCUGCCGGAGGAUAUCCUAACCAGAAUCCAGGGGGCUACCCAAACAGGGGUGGCUACCCGGCCGGGGGGAGCUACCCGGCCGGGGGAAGCUACCCUGCCGGAGGGGGCUAUCCUAACAGGGGUGGCUACCCAGUUGCAGGAGGCUACCCAGCUGCAGGGGGGUAUCCAAACAGAAACCAAUAUCCCGGGCGUGGCGGAUCAUUCGGCUAUCCACAAGGAAACCCAAACAAUAAGAUCCUGAGUCCCCACAUUGGCGGGGGCGCUUACGGGUACGGCGGUCACGGAAUGGGAGGGUCCCCCUUCUCCCGUUCCGUGCAGGGUAUGGGUUACAAACCCAAAUCUACGGGGUUCGCCAAGAAGGCUAUCAUGGCGGCGGGCGUGGGCGCCGUAGCCGGGAUGGCGGUAGGAUACGGACUGGGGCGCUUCCCUCGACCGCACUUCUCGUUCCGUAACCCAGAGGAAGAGUCCUACUACAACAACUACAUGUACCGCCGUUACGGUUCGCAAUCCACCGACCAGAAGGACUUUGGCCGCGAUUAUGUCUACAAACCGCCGCCGAGAGCCGAGACCUAUGACGCGUUCAUGGCCAAAUGUAUGAACAGAACGGAUCUUCUCAAGGAACAGAAGACCAACUCCUCCGGAAAUAUCCAAGAAGACGACGACACAGUGAGCAUCGAGGAGAUCGGCUACCCAUCUCUGGUGGAACAGAUGAAGGUACGGCGCUGCGUGGAGAAUUACAUGGUCUACUCCGAGCGCUUCCUGGAGAAACGCAAGUUUGACUCUCAGGUCCAAAGGGGGCCAAGCUCCGGGGUGGUACAGUUUUUUCCAUCACUCUUCGUGAUGCUGUCCAGCAUGCUUCUACUCCAGUAAAAAACAGUCUCGCCAUUAUAGCUGCACGUGUUUACACAGUAAUGCUGGUCCAAUGUAUUCUAUAUCCUCAAUAAUGAAUUUUGCACCUUCUGGCUCAUAUUAUGUCAACGACUAUGUAAACUACUGAUAAAAACUUGGGAGGGAUACAUAUUGGACUUUCUAAAAGGCACUUUCACCUUCAUAGGUGAGCUCUGUUUGUCUUUAAAUCUUCAAGGUUUCAGUACUUUUUUGCAAACCUUGCUAAUCUCAAACAAGGAGCAGAAUGGUGAAAUUCACAAACACUUUUGAUCCUUGAAUGGAAAUGAACAUUUCCAGGUUUGAUCAGAGUUGCGAUAUAAACAGCAUCGUAUAUAAAAGCAUCAUGUAACCGAGACGGCACCUAACAAUUGAUUAACUACCCCACGUAUAUACACACACACACACAUUCUGCAUAAAACUAACCUGUGCGUCUUCAUGAAAAGUUCUGUCUCAUCUUUUAUUUGCACUUAAUGUUGUUAAUAGAGUACCGGUACGUAGUUUUUUUUUUUUUUGCACUUAUAUGGCAGUUUAUUAUAACACUAUAGCUAGUAAUAAUGCUUCACCUGCUGAGCGUAAACAGGGUGUGCACUGUGUUGUGUAAAUAGAGCGCCUGCUUUCUGGGAAUUAUCAUGCAAAUGUUUUCAGACAAAUUGUAACAGGAGCACGCUGGAAAAACUACUGCUGAAAUUAUAAGGAUAAAAAGUUGCAAGAUGUAAAUUGAAAUAUUCAGGAAAAAAUGUUACAUUCUUAUAAGAAUAAAGCUAUGAGACAAACAUCAUGUUAUGAGAGUAAAGUUGUAACAGAAGAAAAUGUACUUUCAAUUUAAAUUUUAAAGACAUCUUUCCAUCUCAGUUGUCCAUUUUUAAUCUUUGACUAGUUAGUCAGGUCCCGGGAAUGAUUUAUUGUGCAGUAACUUGUGUAGUAGAUCAUUUUCUUUUGUUGUUUUAUAUAUUUUUAAAUUUCACAAAUCAUUCAGUUUUGUCAAUUAAAAUGAAAUUUAAAUGAAUGUUGGGUAUUUUCCACACAUUUGUGUUUCCCAUAUGGAAAAAAGUGCACUUCUCCUUUACAAUUGGAAUACUAAAUAAAUACGUCAUCGAAUUCAGUUGCAUUAAUCUGACGCCCCCCCCAGCCAACAAAUGAUACUAAUGUAUUACAAUUUGCUGUAAAAGUGUAUGUUAUCAAAUAAAUUCUGUGUCAGAAAUCCCUA